AAACUUCUCAAGUGUGUUUUAUCUUUCACAGAACCAAGUUGACUUUCCCUGAUUGUAGUUAUUUGGACGUUUGGACGUGUUCCCACCUCCAGGAUGGGUGGGGCUUGAACCCAGACAUUCUGGCCCAGAGAUGAGGACACUACCAUCGCACCAUGAGAACGUUGUACUAAGCCGACAUGAGUCUGCUUAACCUCAAAGAUCAGGCAUUUUUGAACUAGUACAAGCUGUGCCAGAAGACACUGCCCAAUCUCCGAGUUCCUCCAGCAAGUUUUGUUUUUGUCUCCUCCACGUACAUCCUGACUGGGUGUAUGUCAGCAUUCAUUCAUUAUCGAUAGGUCAAAACCUGGAUUAAAAUUAUCCUGGAACUCCAUACCUGAAAGCACAGUGGAAGCAUCUCCUUCACACAGUCAGCAAUAGUUGAAUGACACUGUGACUCCAAAUGGUGUAGCUGUCUCCUGGGGAAGAAAAGUCAAUACGGGCCACUCUGCAUUUCGGUGCAAGCUGCAGACGUGCAGAAGAACUACAUGGUUAUUAUGUAAUGGCGACCAGUGUCUGAGACUUCUGCAGUCAUGUCAUUAGCAGAAAUGGAUCUUGUGACUGUUUUGGAGCAGCUACGUGAUGCAAGAUACAUCAAAGUGAGAUAUUCUUGGAGCAUAUAUCAGACACGUACAAUGUACUGCUACAGAGUUGGAAGCUUUCCCUGAGGUUGAGAAAGGUCAUGUACAGAGGUCUGUCUCGCUAAACUCUGAAGCCAUCCCAGAUAUCGCUGAGAAUGUCAAGCCUGGUUGAGCUGCAGCGAGGGAGUUUUUUUAAGUUAAUUGACACACUUGCCUUAGAGAUUGGAGAACUAAAGAUGGGUCAUUCCAUUCCUGACUUGGAUGAAGAUGCUCAGUACGCCCAGUGGUUGAGAGCACAAGGGGACAUGGAUUAUGACUAUCAGAAAGAAGAAGCUGCUAGGUGCUGGAUGAGGGAUUCUGGCUAUGAAAGCUUCUUAUGUAACCUCAGCAUCUUUGAUCGGCUUCUGCACACCCAUCCAGUCUGGCUGCAUCUCACUCUGAGCGAUGAGGAUGCUCUGCGCAUUUUGCAGCCUGAGGAUGCUGGGAUCUUUCUGGUCCGGAGAUCGUGCAGGACACAGAAAAAGAUUAUAUCCAUGCGUUUGCCUGAGUCGGGAUCUCAUUUUGUUCAAGAUUUUCCAAUAAAGGAAAGCCAGUAUACUUUUUCACUCGAAGGAUCCUGCUUGAGCUUUGCAGAUUUGUUCAGGCUCAUCGCUUUCUACUGUAUCAGCAGGGAUGUGCUGCCUUUCCCUUUAAAGUUGCCUCAUGGAAUCACAACUGCCAAGACUGAGACAGAGCUGGAAGCAAUUGCAUUCCUGGGUCUGGAGUUCUGGAGUUCUCCCGUGUACAAGAGAGUAGCCAAGAGUUCUGCACCUCCUACUAGUCCUCUCAAUGCAUGCAGCGUGAGCACGGGAACGAAGCGGACCCCGCUCUUAAAUGGAGUACAUUCCAUACAAACACGGACGCCUUCGGAGCUGGAGUGCAGCCAGACCAAUGGUGCUUUGUGCUUCAUAAACCCUCUCUUCUUGGAGGUGCACAGCAAAGACGCUAACGGCAGCCUCAAAAGGCAGGCUGCAAAAUCCACGGAGACGGGCCGGCCCUAUUCUGUCCCGGCUCGACCCCCGCCGCCCCGGCUGCCCGUGAAUAUGGAGCAGAGCCCUGCAGCCGAUGAUGAUGACGAUGGAAACGCGGGCCGCUGCAAACAGCCCGAGGCCAAAGCGGUUCCCAUCCCACCGCCCCGCAUCAAGAAACAAGCCAGCGGCGGCGAGGUGGAGAGGGGCUCGGUACCUCUCCUGGGAGCCGCCCAGAAACAGGCAGCAGUGGGAGGGGAGGAGGCAGGCGCUGGCAGCAAGGGCGAAGCUGCGAGUCUCACCAGCCCAGCCCUCCAAAGCAAAGGCAAGCAGCGCCUCAGCGAUCUGAGCAUGUCUACCACCUCCACCGAGUCCGAUUCCAGCACCAUGGAGGUGAAACGUGACUGCCCUUCCAGCCUGGAAGGGGACACCAACAGCAGCCUGGAGGAUUCCGACGCGGACAGCGACCAGGAGGUCCUGCCCCCUCCCUGCGUCCCCAAGAAGAAGAGGCACGCUUCCUUCGUCUUCCCCAAGAUCGUCAAGUCCCACAUCCAGAAAGUCAGCGGCGUCUUCACCUCGUUCAUGACCCCGGAGAAGAGGAUGGUGAAGAAAAUCGCCGAGAUGUCCCAGGACAAGCGCACCUACUUCGGCUGCCUGAUUCAGGACUACAUCAGCUUCUUCAAGGAGAACAAAGACUGCCACGUCUCCAGCACUGACAUGCUGCUCACUGUCCGCCAGUUCAUGACCCAGGUCAAAAGUUACUUGCUCCAGAGCUCGGAGUUGGACCCACCAAUAGAAACCCUCAUCCCAGAAGAUGAAAUAGAUUUUGUUUUGGAGAAAGCAAUGCACAAAUGCAUUCUGAAGCCCCUGAAAUCUUACAUCUAUGCGACUUUGAAACAAUUCCAUGUGUCCGAUGGCUCCUGGAAGCAGCUGAAAGAGAAUCUGGUCUCUGUUAAACAGAAAGUCCCUCAGGAGCUGGGAGUAGAUGCUGCAGUCCCUGAUACUGUCACCUUGGACAAAAUAAAGCACAAGUUUUCAAAUAUGCACAAGGCCUACUCUCCUGAGAAGAAGGUGUGUCUGCUACUAAGGGUCUGUAAAGUUAUCUACAGUGUUAUGGAAAACAACUCAGGAAGGUUAUAUGGGGCUGAUGACUUCCUGCCUAUGCUGACCUAUAUAGUAGCCCAGUGUGACAUGCCAGAGUUGGAGAUUGAGAUUGAAUACAUGAUGGAAUUGUUGGACCCAUCACUACUGCAUGGCGAAGGUGGCUAUUAUCUGACCAGUGUGUAUGGAGCCCUCUCACUAAUAAAGAAUUUCCAAGAGGAUCAGGCAGCCAAGUUAUUGAGCUCACAAACCAGGAAUACUCUAAACCAGUGGCACAAGAGAAGGACAGCAGACAGCAGAACAGCUCCUUCAGUGGAAGACUUCCAAAACUACCUGCGUGUGGCCUUCAACAACACAACAAGCGGUUGCACAGCCAAGACGUUACUGGUGAGACCAUUUACGACAACAGAGGAGCUGUGUGACCUCUGUGCUGCCAAAUUCCAGGUUCAGGACACUGAAAACUACAGCCUCUUCCUUCUCAUUAAUGACACCUGGCAGCGGUUGGCUCCUGACACCUUCCCUCAGAAAAUCAAGGCAGAGCUGCAUAGUAGGCCUCAGUCGCAGAUGUUUUAUUUUGUCUACAAGCGCCUUCACAGCGACCUUCCCAGCAAUGCCAUUGAGAACAGCAACAUGGCUCCAGAAGAAUGCAGCGUCACUUCUUAAGCGAUGAGACCUAUUCACUGCUUUCAUAUCAUCGGGCAUCUUGGACGUUGUUUCAACUUUAUUUUAAUUAGUUUUUGUAGCAUGCCAGGGAUAUAUAUUCUUACAACCCAGUAAACCUUCAUAGGUAAACCAUUGCUGACGUCCUUGGAGCUGGGUGUGUGUGUAACACUUGGCCAAAGACACAGCUGGUUAUUGGGGUUUUGCAUUGUAUUGCAACAGAUAUUCACUCUGUGUGUGACAAAGUCCAGUCAGAUGCAAUGCAUCAGUGAGAACUGUCACAGUAGCUGGAUGAUUUGCAUCCUACUCUUAAAGACUGAACAAGUGGGAAUAAAAUCAGUUUGGGCGCAGGCUGCAUAAAUGGUUUUAUGUUUAUAGGAAGACUGUGUUUCUGUGGAUCCCAGAGACAUUAAUUUGGUAGCAGUUGCUGGUUAACUGAGAUUUUUUUAAAGUUAUUUUUUUAAGCCAGAAAUGAUUAUUCUUGUAAACAUCUGGGCAUAUAAUUGAAAUAAGUGUUGGAUUUUUUUGUAGUUUUUUUAACUAUUCGCACACUAUGUCGAUCAAUUACUUUUUAUCUCGAGCAUAAGGUAUUUGCUUGAUAAGUGAAAUUGUUUGUUGAAUCAUUUACAACACCACUGUUGUACUGUUGGGUUAUAUACUGCUGCAAUGUUUCCUGAUCAGCAGCACCAUCUGUGCCCUUUUAUUCAGCUCCAAAUGAGAUGCAGCAUCACCCGAGUCAAAUAUUCAGCGAUGUGGCCUGUGUAGGUUGCGUGUGUUUACUGCUCCAGGCAUAUUCAACAGCGUCCAAUCCCACACCUCCUUUUCAUAAAGCAAAUAAUGUGGCCAGUCCUAGGCACCACCCAUUAAUAAGGGUGGCCAGGCCUCCAAGGGAGCGUGGAAGACAUUUGCUAGAAGGUUAGCAGGGACGUGGGAGUUAAGCUUUGUGGACAGUCUGGAGACACUGCAGUUAUUCUUUUUAGAGCAGGAAAGGUUAAAGGGGCAGUUGAUGGGAGGUGUUUGAAAACGCAAAGGGCUGAUGAGGAGAGAAUGUAUCGCGUGAUAGAACAGUUUGAUAAACAAACCACGGAGUUAAACUAAUCGGGACUUGGUGAGAGGACACCACAGCCACAUGAAGGCAUGAGAAAUUACUGGGCGAGUUGUUCUGAUCUGGAACCGACUGUUUUAAAAGAGUCAUGCAAAGAUAUUCAACAGGAACUUGAUAAAUAGGAAACUGGAAAGAUUUACAUGACAAUGAGAGAGGACUGGGACCAAUUGGACAGCUCUUUCAAAGGGCUAGUACAGGCCAAAUGAUUUUGUCCCCUCCUGUGUAAUUCUACAAUUCUGUGUAAUAGUUUGAAGAGGAUCCGUGGUGUGGGAAGUGGCGAAAGUGUGGGAGUUAUGGAAUAUUGUUGAACUGGAACUGCGCUCUGUAUCCAGUGUGCACCAUAUCUGAGUGGGGAGUGUUUGUUCAUUGAAGCUGGAUGCCCAAAAUGGUGAGUGUUGCACUUCUGAGAAUUAUCUGUCCCUCCCCUUAUUGAGGACCAAAUAAAUGUUACUGUUCUGGCCUCACAGUGUAGGAAAGAGCUUUAGUGUUAUAGUUAAAGGUGGGCCAUGGAAGGUUGAAUGAGAGAGGGAGAGACAGCAUGCAGUACAAAAGGGAAAUAAAAAGACAUUUGAUUAUAGCAAGAGUGAAGGUAGAGUGGACUAGCAGUAUUGAAAGUAAACCUGACCGUGUAAUUGUUGUUCAGGCACCAUUUUAUCACUAAUUGAAUCCACCCACGCAUUCUCAGUGGAGCUGUUAGAUGGUGGGCAGACUUGGAAAGAUAUAUUGAUUUUUUUUUUUUUACUGUGUUUAUGUUUAGUUGCUACAUCAUUGUGUUUACAUGUAUCUUCACUGCACUCUCAACUGUCACUUAAACAUUCCAUGCUAGCUUUUAUUACAGUGAGAUUACCUUCUAGGUAACCCACAUGAUGCCCUGUAGAAAAUAGCAUCCUUUUGCAUUUUGUAUCUGUAAUUUUGAGGGCCCACUUCUGUAAGCUGACUGUCAAUGGUUUUGCAUAAAUAUAUUGUGAAAUGCCA